AUGUGUGCUAUGUCAGCCUUAUUCGCCGUUCAUAAUAAAAGCUCCGUUCAUGAAUUGAAUUUUACAAUUGAAUAUUGUGACAAAACAGAAAAAAUAAAAAUAUUUGAUAAUCAAAGUGUUGAUCUGAAUUUAUCAAACGACAAUACAAUACAUCUUACAUCAAUAGAAAAUGGAUCUGCUAUUCGAAUUCGUAAUCAUACAACUUCAUCAUCAAAAACUUCAAAUGAAUUUCCAUUAACGGUGCUAUGUAAAGAUAAAUCAGGCAAUUCGAUAACUCAUAAACUUGUUUUACAACCAAAUACAACUAUAAGUGAAAUAAAAAAACAAAUUGAACAUUUAACUCAUAUACCAGUUGAAGAACAAAGUUGGCAAGGUUUAUUAGGUGCAGAAGACUCGGAUGAAUUACAUCAAACAUUAAUUACAUCUCAAACACCUUUAAUUGUUAAUCAAUCGGAUACCUCAUCAAAUCAACAAAUAUCAACAAUUAGAAAAGAUAUUAAACGUUCGAUAAUAUCACCUGAUCGAAGUGAAGAUGAACUAAUGGAUAUUGAUCAUGAUAAUGAUUUAGAUUCAUAUGACGAUGAUGUUACUGUUUUAUCUGCAAAUAAUCCUAAUACAACAUUUAAUAAAAGAGCAACAUUAGUUCCGGAAGGAUGUACAAAUGAUGCAUUUGGUCUUGAACAUUUUUCACAUGUUUUUCAUGCACGUUAUGGUUCAACAGGUCCUAUUCUUUAUAUUGGUCCAUUAGAUCAAACAAUACAAGAUUCACUUUAUGCAUCAAUACAUACUAGACGUCCAUUAGCUAUUUAUCUUCAUAAUGAUCAAUCAGUCUGUGCUAAUGUAUUUUGUUCUCAAGUUUUAUCAGCUGAUUCAAUUCUUGAAUAUUUAGCAAACAAUUAUGUUCUUUGGGCUUGGGAUGUUACAUA